CCAAACAUCACGAGGCGGCGGCCCAGGGCACGGAUGACUCGGUGCUGCUCCGUGCGGCCCAGCCUCAACCUCGCGGUCGCCCGCCACCAUCCGUAACACCGGGCGCCCGCCUGCUACGCACCUCGCGCCCAUUCUCGAAGCGCUCCACGCCGGGUGCGGUGCGCGGCCGCGGAGUCCCCGCCGACCCUUGCGCUGUUUGCGUAGCGAAGCGACGCCCGCGCAGGCGCAGGAGGGGGGCGGAGCAGCGGGAGCAGGGGAGCUGGAGCCCCGCGUCCCGGCGACCGGAUCCCGCUUCCCCUGAGGACCCUGCAUCGUCUUCCUCUGGCCCACCGCGGCUGAGGGUGGACGCGGUGGGGGCGGGGACAACGUCUGGAAUCUCCAGGACAGAGGACGAGGCCCUAAUCCGGAUUAUUGGAGGGGAAAGAGCCGUCAAGCUUGGGGAGGGGGAGAGCGGGGCGUUGGGCGCCCCCGCAGCGGCCGCUGCCCAGAACUGACGGGCAUCGGCCGGCUCUCCCCCUCCUGCCAGCCGGACACGAGCGUCUAAGGCCAGCGACUUCCUGAGCCCCUGCAUCCUCCCAUCCUUGUGGUUCUGAUUCUGGCCCAGGGAGAGAUAUCUUCAACCCCCUACUCCGUCUGCCCUGGAGUCCCCAGCUCUCACCGCAUCCUGCAGUUCCCAUUCCUCCGUAUUUAUUUUCCUGGCGUCUGGCCAGCCCUCCAUCUCUCUCCGGGAUUCAGGCCUUCUUCCCUGACAUGGAGAGUAACCUGUCUGGCCUGGUGCCUGCUGCCGGGCUGGUGCCUGCACUGCCGCCUACCGUGACCCUAGGGCUGACUGCUGCGUACACUGCCCUAUAUGCCCUACUCUUCUUCUCUGUCUACGCCCAGCUCUGGCUGGUACUUCUGUAUGGGCACAAGCGCCUCAGCUAUCAGACGGUGUUCCUGGCACUCUGUCUGCUCUGGGCGGCCUUACGUACCACUCUCUUCUCUUUCUACUUCCGAGAUACCCCCAGGGCCAAUCGCCUGGGGCCCUUGCCCUUUUGGCUUCUCUACUGCUGCCCUGUCUGCUUGCAAUUCUUCACACUGACGCUUAUGAACCUCUACUUUGCCCAGGUGGUGUUCAAGGCCAAGGCAAAGCGUAGGCCAGAGAUGAGCCGAGGCUUGCUGGCCGUCCGAGGGGCCUUCGUGGGUGCUUCGCUGCUCUUUUUGCUGGUCAAUGUACUGUGUGCAGUGCUGUCCCGCCGGCGUCGGGCACAGCCCUGGGCCCUACUGCUGGUGCGUGUCCUGGUGAGCGACUCCCUCUUCGUCAUCUGUGCCCUCUCGCUUGCUGCCUGCCUCUGCCUUGUGGCCCGCCGAGCCCCCUCUACUAGCAUCUACCUAGAGGCCAAGGGAACCAGUGUAUGCCAGGCGGCUGCCAUGGGGGGCGCCAUGGUCCUGCUCUAUGCCAGCCGGGCCUGUUACAACCUGGCAGCUCUGGCUUUGGCCCCUCGGAGCUGGCUGGAUGCCUUCGAUUAUGACUGGUACAAUGUAUCUGACCAGAGCACCAGUCGAAUCCUCAAUGGGCAAGUUUUUGGUUCCCGUUCCUACUUCUUUGACCGGGCUGGGCACUGUGAGGACGAGGGCUGCUCCUGGGAGCACAGCCGGAGUGAGAGUACCAGGUGCCAGGACCUGGCGGUCACCACCACAGCCUCUAUUCCACCCCAUAAACGUGAUCCCCCUCCACUUCCCCCAGAACACCCAGACCCCAGUUCCCUUCAUCCAAGGCCCCUGUGUCAAGUUCAUCUGCCGCUUCUUGCCCAGGAUCCCGGGGGACUUUGGCCUCCCUGUCCUCUGGCCAGCUCCUUGCUGCUCCUGUCGUAGUGAGCUUGUGCCACCUCCCUAAGAUGGGGACACAGCCUAGGCUGCCAGAUGCCCACAGUGCCCUGGCAUGAUGUGCCGCCUCUGCUUCCACACUGGAGCCAGCUACCUCUCCUGUGCCUACCACUCAAUAAACAGAGUCCGUGCCCUAUCCCUUCACCUGCCAGUCA